AGCACUUCCAUUGGAAGCAUCAUGUAUCCCUUGGAAAAGGUCCCUUUCCCAGGAAUGACCCUGUGCAGCUCCAACAUUGUUUUUGGUGCGAUGUACAAAAAAUUCGAAGAUAUGUUGUUGGCAGACGGUCUCUCCAGAGCCCAGAUAUUGGAUUAUUUCGAAAAUUUAUCCAGUUUGGUAUUACAUGACGAGUUAACCCACAAUGCAGACUGGAAAACUUACGGAAGAAUAAUCCAGGCCUUGGAUUUGAGUGAUUAUAACACAGAACGAGUAAUGAGCGAGGUUGCUGAACCUUGUGAUAUGCUGAUAACGAAUUGUUUCUGGAAAAGUAGAAGUGUGAACUGCACACAAAUUUUUGAGAAAACGAAGACCCAGUCUGGAUUCUGUUGCUCUCUGGAUUUGAAGAACGAUUCAGUCUCAGGUGUAGGUCCAAAAUUUGGCCUCCAAAUAGAUGUUGACGUUGUCGAAGAAGAGUAUAUAUCUGCGAUAAAGCCUUACUAUGGACUUGACGUAACUUUGCACCAGAAAAACGUCUAUCCCGAAACAAAGUAUUUGGGUACGCCGGUAGCAAUGGGGGUUGAUGUUCAAAUUUCAGUUGUUCCAGAAGUGUUCCUAGCCACCGAUGAGCUCAGAAGUAUGGAUAUUAAGCUACGUGAAUGUCUGUUUGAAGAUGAGAGUACCUUAAAAUGGGAUUAUAUUUAUAGUUUUCCUGGUUGUAAAAGUCAGUGCGAAGCGGAUAGUAUAAGAAAAUAUUGCAGAUGCAUUCCUUACUAUUACCCGAUAGAAGAGAAUGAGAGAGUUUGUACGUUGCUCGAUCUGAAAUGCAUGAGAGGCGUUUUAUACCAUAAACUUGCCGAAAACAGUUGUGACUGUCUUCCUCCAUGUGAAAAAUUAAGCUAUAAAUACACUGUGAACGCAAGAGAAGUUAAAACAAUAAUUGGCUACGAUGAUUCGAUUCAGGGAAGUCGUAUUACAAUAUAUUUUGGAAACGAUCAAUGUGUAAUGAUAGAGAGAUCUGCAAACCUGACAUGGGAUGCUCUUUUGGCUUCGAUAGGAGGAGUUAUAGGAUUAUGCCUGGGAGGAUCUGUUUUAAGCAUAAUAGAAUUCAUUUACUUCUUAACCAAAUCCCUCUUAUGCAAAUACCAUGAGAAUAAGAAGAAUGAGAAGCAAGUAAAACUUGCAAAAAUGAAUUGGACUCCGAAGUUGUACACAACAGAUUUCAAGACAAGGAAGUGAAUCACGUAUUUUAAGGCAUUCAAUAUUCA